GGGGUCCCUCCUUUUGAUAUUGCCUUCCAAUGAGGUAACAAACAAUUAUCCUCGUAAUAGCUGAUACAUUACAGAAGUUAAUGUUUUGCUUUUUUGCAUGUUAUAGGUUCAACCACCGUGCGAUAAUGAACAGCUUUUAGAAUCAUUGUAAAGUUCCAUCUCCAUAAUCCUUCCAUUGUUCAACGGGUGAAACGCGACUCCAAACUGGCGUAGUCAGUGUCUAAGCAACGACGCACAAUAACAUUGUAGCACCGAAAAUAAAUAAUAUUUUUUUUUGCUCCAUUAGGAUUUUUUUUAAUUUUUUUUUACUAUCUCCAAAUUACUGAGGGAAACGACAAAAAACGACGUCUACGAGGAUUUCAUUUGACAUUUUACCGAGUUGUUUUGUCUUCGCGUCAUUCCUGGUGAAAAUGUAUGGGCGCGCUCCUAGAGUUACCUAUCUCACCGUGGGCAGCACCACGUCUGAAGUUGGGCCAGGAUCAUACGAGGUCAUUCAAUUCAAAAGCAACAAAUCAGAUGGCUAUGCUCCGUUCCUCUCACUCUCCAAACGGCCCUCUAUGUUCCACAGAUCCAGCAAUGACAAAGCCUUGCCUGGACCGGGACAAUACAACAGCUCACAUAGCAAGGAUAACAUUCUGGGAGGACAAAGUCUAAAGAAUCGAUCAAAGCGGUUUGAUGAGGUGGUGUCAGAAGUCCCGGGCCCUGGAACGUACAACGUUCGGCAGGCAGCAGGAAACACACUGAGGGGAGCUGAGAGUGAGCCUCCGGGGAAGAGACGCACUAAGGUGUGGCUUCGGGGUGUUCCUACUCGCCUCAAGUUCCUGCCACAGCCAGACAUUCCUUCCAUCCCGUCACCUGGGCAGGCCUUUGGCUAUGAAGACAAUGGACAGGGAUUUCUUUGCAAGCAAAAGGCACCAGAAAAGGAUGAUACAUUAGGACCUGCUUUCUACAACCCAGUGGUGGCAGAAACCAGCUUCUCUCUGAAGUACAAAGGCGUCCAUUUUGGGAAGAUGACAGGGAAGCGAGGCGAGGUGAAGGGAGAAGAGGGCCCUGGACCAGGACAAUAUGAUCCUGAAGAGUAUUCCACGACGGAGUACGAGAACGUCAAUGUGAGGAAGGGGCAGAAGAGUCGGGCCGAGCUGGUCGUCCCACGCUACCACGAGAUUGUGACCUUGCAGGAGGAGAAGAAGGGAGUGCCAGGUCCAGGCCAGUACCACAUCAGGAGUCAGUUUGAGAAGCCGAACAGCCCGUACGGCAAUCUACCUGUCUUCAGCCCUCCUUUCCUCUCUCAGGCGCAGCGGUUCAGUCCUGUGAAGGAACUGGCUCCUCCUGUAGGUAUGUACAAUGACCCGCGCUGUGCUCUGGAGAUCCUCAAGAAGACCACUGGAAUGCAGAGAAAUCCCUUUGGUCUGACUGCUGUUCGGUUCCUCCCUGACAGCCGGAAACAGUCCACUCCAGGUCCUGGUGCUUAUAAUAUGUUUGAAUAUGGCCUGGCCCAGGACAGCAUAAAAAAGGCUUACCUAGAGAGUACCAGGAAGGGAGGCUUCGGCUCGACAGCCCAACGCAGUCUCGUGUUCCACAAAAAUGAAGAGGUCCCUGGGCCUGGCCAGUACAAGGUGGAGAAGAAGACAGAGGAGCUGUACAAGAAGCAGCACACAGCAGCAUUCAAGUCGGCCACAGAACGACUGGCCAUAUCCCUGGUGGCUAAAGACACCCCUCCUCCCAGCUCCUACAACGUGCGGGAGUCUUUUGAGAAGACGUAUGGCCGCGCCUCCUUCUCAGAACCCAGGAGCGAGGGGGGCAGGAGACGCCAGAGCUCAUUCCUGAGCGCAGCACCCAGACACUCCUCCUUCUUGAGCUACGAUCCGGACUUCCCAGGUCCAGGUCAGUAUAGUCCUGACAUCAAGUCCAGUCCCCAGAUGGCUCUGAUCGUGUCCAGGGAGGAUCGCUUCAAAGGCCCCAAGAACACCAACCCCGGCCCAGGCACCUAUGAGCUCAGCCCAGCGAUCAUGGACACGGUUCUGAAGGGCACGUUCAACGUAACCCUCAACAACCCGCUGAGCAACCACUACCCUGCCCCUGACCUAUUGAGCGCCUUGCCGCCGCCGCCGCUCACCCUCAGCAGUGUAUAGAGCAGGGUCAAAGGGAGCUUUUUGGAGGAAACCACAGACUGCCCUGAUGUUUCAGCAUUGGGAAAUACAAUUCAAAUAAAUAGAUGUUAAACAAUAAAUGUUUAUUUUACAUUAAUUUGUAAACACAUUGAUAAUUCUUCAACAACCUUUAGAACAGGGAUAAAACUAGAUUUAGCUGCAGGCCAAUUUUUUUCUGAGCGGGUGGUCAGGACAUUAUUUUUUAUCAUUUAUACACUGCAAAUUGAUUGCAAGUAAGCCCGAAUAAGAUAUUGUAUUUGACAAUAACAUGGUAAUUUCUUACCUUUGAUUACACAGAGACACGCCCACCAUGUCAUUUCAACGUGGAUUCAUUUGGUAAUAUUUGGUUGAGACGUUGUUCAAUGAGAUUACAACCUAUAUCCACCCACUCAAAAAAGACAGCCAAAAGUUAGUUGAAUGUUCCAAUGUGUUAUCACUGUGCUUUCAACCAUCUAAAUGCACAACCAAAUUCCAAUGGAAAAACAAUGUCCAACAUAUCAAUGAUCAAUUUGUAGACCAACUAGAAUUAAAGCCAGACUCAGUCAGUAUCACAGAUGGAACUAUCCAAGCAGAAUAUACAUAUAUUUGGUUGUGUUGACAACCAAACACAGUUCAAUACCCAGUUUGUCUACAAAUGAAUAACCGAUCUGUUGGAUUCACAUCUCCAUCUCAACCAAAAGUCACAGUUAAAGAAUAGGACUAAAUAUAAUCUAAUUUAAUCAAACUAUAAAUUCACUUUUAAAGUAAUGUUUUAUUUGAAUUAGUUGUAUUCUUAACGUAGAUUUUUGGUUGAGAUUGAGAUGUGAAUCCAACGUAUAAAUGAUUAACAUGAAGCUUACAUUUGAAAUCAACACGAGCCUGAAACCCUAGGCUUACUGUAUAUGUAUAGUCUAUUUGUAGUUGAAUCCUGGGAUGAAUUGAAACAAUAGCUGUUGAUGCCUUUGUAAAUAUUAUACAGGCCUAAAUAGUAUUAUUGGUGAUAUGAGUAGUAGGGUAGCUGUAGAUAGAUCCAUUCUCCAGUAGUCAGUCUUGUUGAAGAUCUGACGUUGUUUUAAAGCUACAAAUUCAACAUAUUUUAUAAAAGGUUUGUCUAUGUUGACAUUUGGUUAUUAAUAUGAUGACAUAAUACUGUGGGUAAAAUUUCACCCUUUUUCAAAUCCAAUGUAUUUUCCACCACAGGAGGUUGGUGGCACCGUAAUUAGGGAGGACGGGCUCGUGGUAAUGACUGGAGCGGAAUCAGUGGAACAGUAUCGACUACAUCGAAUACAUGGUUUCCUUUUGCUCCAUUUCCAGCCCUAUUCCCCAUCAUCCCAAAUGGCGCCCUAUUCCCUAUAGUGGACUCAUUUGGAACAGGGUCUCUAGGGCUAUGGUCAAAAGUGGUGCACUAUGUAAGGAAUAGUGUACUAUUUGGGAAGCAGGCCUUGUCUUAUUCUAGGCACUGUGGCCAACACUGGAUUCGUUUACAUUCAGCCACCAUACUUCUAAGUAGUCUGAAUAUGAAAUAGUAAGUGAUCCCUCAGUUCAUAUCCCAAAGCUCAUCUUACCUUGGAUAUUGGGAUAGUAAAAUAUAGAUGGGUGUGUGAGCUCCCUGCUCAUUAUUGAAGCUGAAACGAUUGAUAUCCACAUCCAGGAUAUUUAUUUAACCAGGCAAGUCAGUUAAGAACAAAUUCUUAUUUUCAAUGAUGGCCUAGGAACAGUGGGUUAACAGCCUGUUCAGGGGCAGAACAACAGAUUUUGUACCUUGUCAGCUCGGGGAUUUGAACUUGCAACCUUUUAGUUCCUAGUCCAACGCUCUAACCACUAGGCUACCCUGCUGCCCCUAUCAUGUCCAAAUUGUACUGUAUGUCUAUUUUGUUGGCAGAUAAAAGCAUGUGUUUUUUUUCCCUGUCCUUAGUUUUCAUCCUAUCAGUGUUGUACUGUAUGAGAAUGCCAUGGGGGACGUUGCCCUUUCAAAUAGUCACGACUACCCUUCAGGAGAUCCUGAUCCACAGACAGAAUGCUCCCUCUCACAGAGAAGAGAUUUAUCCUC